AGCAACGGGAGGAAAGACCAUGGAGGGAGGAAGCUGGAUAUAUUAGCUAGUUUGCUGCUUGAGGGAACUUUUCCCCCCUUCUUUCGUUUUUACCUGCGUCUGUCAAAGUGCCUCGAUGUGGCGGUAUCCGGUGUGUAAUUUACGUGCCGGGAAAACGUCGUAAAUAUCGUGAACGUUCAAACGACAGUCUAACCGCGGACGGUUAGCGCAACCCGACGAAAGUUAGCCUGCUCCGGCUAACUUAGCCCGUCUCAGCUAGCAAGAAAGGACAAAAAAAAGCGAGUGGAAAAGGAGUUAAGGUUAAAAGUGGCGCUGCGGCGUAAAGUAACUAGUAAUGUUGCCUCUCGGGAUUAACUUCAGAUACGGAUGAGAACGACAUUGGCGACUGGGGAACACCGAGAACAACUGCGAGCCAGACGACCACUGCUAUGUUGGGGUUGAUUCACGGCUCUGGCAGCCCGCCUGAGUCCCGAGGUUGGCCACACUCGGUGCUGUGGAGGCUCGGGGGCUUCUUCUUCCUCCUGCUGCUGGAAGGGGCCGGCUGCCUCGCCAACCCGAGCAGCACUUCAGGCGUCGGCGGCAGCAACAACAACCCGAGUGUCAACAUAUACAUGAGUGUGGAGGAGGUGAAGAAGCUUUUGGGCCUCGAUGCAGAGCUCUACUAUGUGCGAGACAAUGUGGUGAAUCAUUAUGCUCUCUCCUUCACCCUGCCUGUGCCCAGUGAGACCAACAGCCUUCACUUCACAUGGCACUCCAAGACAAAGGUUGACUACCGGCUUGGCUUCCACAUGGAGAACCCUGUUGCCAUGAACCAACCACGGAGCAACAUCUCCAGUCAGGGGGAGGUGCCCCGUGUUCCCUCUGUGUUUAGAGUGGACCUCUUCUGUUCCGGCAAGGUAGAUGGAGAGGCUGUUUUAACAGUGCAGCUCAAUCUGACCAUACAUGCCAACAACUACACAGUGCUCAACUUCAAGAGGAGGAAAAUGUGCUAUAAAAGAAUAGAUUCUGACCCGAAUAUUCACAUUCCUCUCAGCAAUAACACUCCACCACGGCCUGACUUAGACGGUGUGACCACCCCCACCACCUCCACCCAGGUUUUCUACAUCAGUGUGAGUGUGUGCUGCAUUGUCAUCUUCCUCGUGGCCAUCAUCCUGGCCAUCUUGCACCUGCACAGCAUGAAGAGGGUGGAGAUGGAGGACAGUGUGAGCGACAGUGGAAGCUCGCAGGGCCUGUCUCAGCCGUCCACCCAGACCACACAGUACCUGAGGGCUGACACGCCAAACAACGCCGCCCCUGUCACCAACAAUCACCCUGGUUCUGCACCCAUACUCCAGCUUGCUGCCUCCUCCUUCCAAAACCCUGGUGCCCCCCCUCAUGAAACCAAAACUUACCCAUCUCUCCGCAUAGAGAAGAAUGACCUGAGGAGUGUGACUCUAAUAGAGGCCAAAGCUAAAGUGAAAGACAUUGCCAUCUCAAGGGAGAGAGUCACGCUGCGAGACGUCUUGCACGAAGGCACGUUUGGCCGCAUCUUCCACGGCGUGCUGCUGGAUGAAAAGGACCCCAGUAAGGAAAAGCAGGUCUUUGUGAAGACAGUGAAAGAUCAUGCGUCUGAGGUGCAGGUGACCAUGAUGCUGACAGAAAGUUGCAAGCUUCGUGGACUUCAUCACAGAAAUCUGUUGCCCAUAAGUCAUGUGUGUACGGAAGAUGGAGAGAAGCCCAUGGUGCUGUUGCCUUUCAUGGCUUGGGGGAAUCUGAAGCUCUUCCUGCGGCAGUGCAAGCUAGCUGAGGCUAACAACCCACAGGCGAUCUCUCAACAAGACCUGGUUUACAUGGCCAUUCAGAUUGCAUGUGGGAUGAGCUACCUGUCUCGCAGGGAGGUCAUUCACAAAGACCUCGCCGCCAGGAACUGCGUCAUUGACGACAAUAUGCAAGUGAAGAUCACGGACAACGCCCUUGCCCGAGACCUAUUUCCCAUGGAUUACCACUGUCUGGGGGAUAACGAGAACCGGCCCGUCCGCUGGAUGGCCCUGGAGAGUUUGCUCAACAACGACUUCUCUAGUGCGAGUGACGUGUGGGCCUUCGGAGUGACGCUGUGGGAACUGAUGACUCUGGGUCAGACCCCCUACGUCGACAUCGACCCUUUUGAGAUGUCGGCCUACCUGAAGGAUGGCUACAGAAUAGCACAACCAAUCAACUGUCCAGAUGAGCUGUUUGCAGUGAUGGCUUGUUGCUGGGCCCUGGACCCGGAGGAGAGGCCCAAGUUCCAGCAGCUCGUUCAGUGUCUCACAGAGUUCCACGCAGCGUUGGGCGCUUACGUCUGAAAACAAGCUCUUUUCUCCCCCCCCCCCCUCAAGAACAGCGACAUUAAAGCUGGCGGACGCUAUUCAUAAGGAAUACAUGUGUGAGAAUGUGCCUUAUCAGAUGAAAGAGCAGACCUGGUGGUUUUAUUUUGUACAGUUCUUUUGGAGUUUUUAUAUAGCUGAAUUACCUUUUUACAGCAUAGCAAAGUAAAAGGAUUCUUUGUCGAAUAUUGUUUCAUUUGCUUUGAAAGCGUCUUAGCGGUGGCAGUCGCGGCCCUCUUCCCUCGCCAAGAGGACGGAAGCGCCGGAAAGAUGUCCUCAUCCGAGCAGCACAUCAGCAUUUACAGAGUCACGUGCCAUCGCACACAUUUUUAAGGAGAAAUCGAAGCCUCUGACGACCUGAUCUUAAAGACAGUAUUUUCUGCAGUUUUCUAACUUAGUGUAAAUUGUAGGCGUGUUGUGGAUGAGAGUAAAUCUACAGCAGAAUGAUUUAGGUACCAAACUUCAUUUGUAAACAGACUCCAACAUGCUGCAUCGCUCUGCAGCUCCAGCCUGGUACGAGAGGCCUCCCGGAAACCAGACUCUGGGUCUGCCGAGACGGUUCCUUGCGAACGGUACACGGUUUCCUCUGGACGACACUAAAAACUGUUCCACGGACGAGUUCUGUGCUCUUCACGGAUCAGACGUGCGAACCAGCGCAGCAAAGCUACUUUUAUGAACGUUUAAACACCCUCCGGAGUGAAUUCUGGACACUGUUAUUGUUCGAGUGCCACCUCCUCCUUCCUCUUUUGUACAUUUUAUUUCCACUAUCACAGCCUCCGGACAGAAUUAUCUUUUUGUUACUAUUUUAUAAGCUUGAUUGUUCUGCGUCAGAACACAGCCCUUCACAGGAGUUUUGGACAGAUUUUUUUUGUGAGUAACUAGAACACUAAUAAUCACUGUGAACACACACAACUGCCAGCCGGUUCGGUCUGCUCUCCCUCUCACACAUUUAACAUCUCUGUGAUGUGUCUUUAUGGUCACUGCAUGUCGAAUUAAGGUUGUAAACUGCUUCCCGAAUUCAUAUCCACAAAUUAAAUCUUUUAAAUAUAGAGCGUGUUCUUGGCUUAUUUUUUGCAGUGU